GAAAAUGAUGAUUAAAUGAAAUUUAAUCAGAGUUAAUUUCACGAGGGGCUUUUGAGCGUUAACUAAAUUGCAUGAGAUUGUUGUUAUUACUAUUUCGUUAUGUUUUCUUGUGCCACGCUUCCUCGCGUUUUGCUUGUAUCUGCUCUACUAGUUUAUGGGCAAUGCAGGGAGUGUUUCGGCCUCCUGUGAAUUUGAUUUGUAUAACAAGGGUAAGAUGUGUGUUUCGUGGCGUUUUCAUUCCCCAGGUUAAUGUAUGGGUAUUUAAGAUUUUGGCAUGGCGUGGGUCUCAUCUUGCUUGGUGAAGCCACAAUACAACUAGGCUGUUUCAUCAUAUUUUCCCAGCCCUCCCUCCCUCAUUUUGGUUUCUUUAUGCUAAAUGCCUUUUCAGUAUAACUUUGCGUGUUGAGUUUCUUUUAUGGCAUCGUUAAAACCUCUCAUACCUUUAGGCAUCUUUUAUGCUUCUUAGAGUUUUCUGAUGCUAUUAGGUAGGAUUGGUGCAUCGGCUAUCAGUGGGGAAAAGAAGUUUUUCCUAUCGAUUCCCUCCCAUUUAUCAACCAUAUUUUGGGGUUAUUGUGUAACUUCCCUUAGUAACCCCUAUAUGGUAGGUUGAGCGAUUGGCGCCGAUGCAUCAACGGCCCAACUCGCUCUCGAUGAUGUGGGAACGUAGCCUCAUGACUGACCUUUCUGAUGUCUAUGGCAGUUUUUCUGAGGAAGCUUUAUGCCCUUUAUGUUGGAUUGGUAUUCCCUAGUUAGUAAAUUAAUCUAUCCCUGCAAUCCCUGCGUGUUAAAAACCUCGGAAUUGAGAAUAGCGAUAACGAGGUCAGCUUGUUUCUCGGCGGGAAACGGACGAACAGCUGACGCUAAAACCAUGUCGUUCCAAAGUGUGCCCGUUCGCGGAGAGACCCCUUGAUGCCAAGCAAAGCAUCGUUUAACGCCGAGCAUUUUCACGCUGCUAUGGAAACAGAGCCUAUGCUCCAGAUCUCUGCUUAGGCACGAAAUGGUUAUUUCCCAACUGCCAUUGGCCCCGCUCACAUCAGAGAAGAACAUGUGCACGUUCUGAAAUUUCCAAGCUCUUGACAGUUAUCGACAGCAGCUAGUGUGCAUACAUUCACUCGAAGUAGUGCGAAUGUUUGCAGCCUGGUGUCCUUGCAGCUAGGAGAUCAUGGGUUGAGAAGAUCUACUGGCAGUACAUCAAAGGAACACAAAUCCAUAGCUUGACAUUACUGAUGUUUGCCAGCUGAAGAGCAAUUGGUCACUGUAGCUGAUGACGUAACGAUAAAGGAAGCAGCUGCUUACUCUGUUUUUCUCGAGAGCAUACAGCCUGUGUGGGAUCACAGCCAGCAAUUUGCGUUUCCUUCGUUUUAAUCAAAACAACUAUAUUCCAGCCUUCUUAUUUUCCCAUAAUUCAUAAUAAAAACAACAAAAUAAAGAUAUAUGCAAACGAAACGCAAGAGCAAUUGUCAAGAGCAAGACCUGUUACUUCAUUGGGUUAGAGGAUGACGAUGCCGAAAGAUGUAUACAACUAAAAAUGGUACGCGCUAAACCACAAUUACAACAAUUUGAUGAUUGAGUGACUUUCUGGUCAUCAAGUAGUUUGUGCAGAUAUGAGGCCUGAAAGAGUUGAUGUUAACUUGUCAGUCAAUCUGAGAGGAAAUAAUACAACUGCCGGGAAUGCAUUUAAACCGAUCAAAGAGGUAUUUACUGCAAGUUACUUUGAACUGGUCGUGCUCGCGUUGCUCAUUGGGACGAUCCUAGUCGGCAACAGCCUCGUCUGCUUAGCGUUCAAAGCUGUGAGCAGAAGACUUAAGACGAUCACAAACUCAUUUGUCAUCAGUCUUGCCAUGUCAGACAUCUUGGUCGGCGCCUUCUCCUUGCCACUUUGGGUCGCUUUCAGAAUGGGUUACUUUCUUGAAAACUCUGCGCCAUAUUACAUUUACCUCGGACUGGAUAUAGUCUGUGGAUCUGCGUCAAUUAUGAACCUCACUGUGAUUAGCCUUGAGAGAAUGUAUGCCGUUCGCUUCCCGGCAAAGCACCGGAAUAUAGCACAUAAGCGCGGAGUCAUUGUGGUUGGCGUCAUCAUGGUCUGGGGGCUAUCUCUUGCGCUCGCUGCUCUCUCCUCACUUAAGAUUAUGAACAUCUGGCCCAGUUUCACUUACUUGGUUGUUGUUGUUGCUUUCAUUCUUCCAACAGUUGUUAUCAUCACAUCUUAUAUUCUGAUUUUUCUUACAAUGAAAACACGGCAAGAAAAUCACUGGAGAUUCAAACAAGAGAUGCGAUUGGCUGUUAUGAUUGGGAUAGUCAUUGUCCUUUUCUUGACUUGUUGGUUUCCAUUCUUUUUGCUGAACAUUCUGUUGCACCAUGCUUGCCCUUGCUCAAACGGGCAUUAUCUUUAUCCUCUCAUUCCUGUUGUUAAGUAUAUGCACUACGCCAACAGCCUCAUGAAUCCCAUCAUAUAUGCAUAUCGAUACCCUGACUAUCGCCAUGCUUUUAAAAAGCUGUUGUUCAAGUGUUCGUGUUGCAGAGAGCAGGUCGUAGAGCGCCAGAGAACAGCCUCCAUCCGAUCUACCCUGUCUUCCACUGUACUUCAUGCCCAUUCCGAGGAUCAGAGCAGGGAGCGAGAAGUGCUUAGGCACGUGGGUAGAGCAGCAAGCAGGCUGUCCGUGGCAGAUAAUCGCGACAGGAGAUUUUCAGAUGAGCGUUGUUUGCUGUCUCCAUCUUACAUUCCAGCCCGGGUCAACAAUGGAGUGUGGCAAACGACAUCAGUUUAAAGACAAGAAAGCAUCUGUAAUUAUGUAUAAUUCUUUUCGGGUUUCCUAAGGAAAUUUUAAAUAAUGAACAAGAACUACGUAUCAUCGUAUUAAAACUAAUAGGGUUCAUUGAUGGAUUUUGAAGAUAAUGAAUCAAUUUGGUAGUUUUUUUCAACUUGCAGUUCUUCUAGACUUUAUUUGAAUACACGAAAAAUAGGUAUCCCGAUGUAACUAGUUGGGUGCCACGACGAUGAUGUUAAUGAUGAUGAUGCUUAUUUAUGAUGAUAAAAAUCGUGAUGAUUGGAGGUGAUUGAUGGUGAUAGUGGUUCUGAUUUUGAUGAUGAUUGAUGAUGGUGAUUCGUGAUUCACGACGAAGGCUGAUUAGGGUUGAUGAUCUUGAUUGGUGAUUGAUGUUAAUGAUUGAUUAUAGCUAUGAAGCAAUCUAUUAUUCGCACGAGCCUUAAGGUCAUUUGGCCUAAAGGUCUAUUAAUGUCUAUAUAGAAAAUAGAAUUUCAUAUUACAGUAGUCGUGUGUGUAGGCCGUUUUCGUUUUCAACACAAAUCUAUUUUUCUACCGAGACAAAGAAAACACUCAAAAACCAACACACCAUUGGCAGUCUAAGUCUGAUAAAAAGAUCUGUAACAAGUCCAAAAAGCUUCAAAACUUUUAAUAUGUAUGAACUGAAAAAAAAAUGAUUAGAAAUAACGUCGUCUUGCGUAAAGCGCAUUACUACAAAACUACAUCACUUUUCCUCUUGAAGCCAAUCGACAGAUACUUAAGUGGCUUCAUGCCAUGUGUCAAUCAAAAAUUGACCAAUCAAUAAGCACAACACAAGGCAGACGCUUUUUGAUUGGCUAAUAGUUGAUUGACGAUGGCUGAAGUCAUCUUAGUGCAAAUGGCUUAACUGAUGUUACCUGCAGAAAAUGAUGAUUUGGUAAAAAUUAUAUGUUACCCCCAUUAAGUUGUCUUUAAAACUGCACUUGUUCGGCGGAGAAAAAAGCCGUAGUGCUAAAAAACUUUGAGAUUGCUCGUUAUCGAUCAUUUUGCGUAUUUGUAGGCCUUUUCCGUUCAAACGUCUUUGUCUUUAACAAUGCAAGUAUUUAUAGUAAAAUUUGCAGCUACAGACUUGCUGUAAGUACAGACUGUUCACUGAACCAUUGGGAGUUUUUGUAAGUUCUGAAUUUGAUAGAUGUUAAACAGAUAGCAAACUGCAAAGGCCAAACAUGAAAGUAUUACAAAAUUCUGUUAAAAUGCUGUUUUCCUCCUCUUAAUGAUUAUCUUCAAUUAAAUUAUUGAAAAGGCCUGCGAAAAAAGAGCAAAAAAUGAUGCAAGAUGUCUAAGACGUUGAUCGAUAGACCGAAAAAUUUAUCACCCAGACACAGAAUAUUUCGGCUCAGCACCAGAUAAUCAUAUAGGAUUCACACAAAAGCACAGACCAGUUAAAGUAUUUAAAAUAUGAAGAUUUAAGAUUUUGAGGAUAUCAUGCAAAAUGCGAUGUAACUGAUGGGAUUUUAAGUAACAAAAGAAAAUCAGAGAGAAAUUGCGGCGCCAAGUACAUCUGGAUACGAUAAACUGCAAAUCAAACAGCCACAUGCAGCGACCACGUCCACGGAAAAAUAAAAACAACAGCUAUCUGGCGCUGAUUUUCGCUUCAACGAGAAAAUUGUGUCUCACAAUGCAAGUGUUUCAAGAUAUUGAGAAUCACACCUGACGAAUUAUUUGAGCUAUUGAUCAAAUAGUCUUAAAAGAAAACUGAGCACCUGCAAAACUCCAUUUAGAAUGCGAACCCGACAUCAGUUAACUAAAAAAGGUUGCGAUCACGAUGGCCUAAAAAGAUUCUAAGAACUUCUCUGCAAGCAUGAACUGCUAAUUUGAACUGCUUUUCUAUAGGAAUGAGUAAAAUGAAGUUCAGGCUGGCUGUUGCUAAUUUUACCAAAAAAUUUGAGGCUGGAUUAUUCUUAAUUUAUUCUUAAAUUAUUAGGCUGCAAGCAGUGCAAGUUGCUAGCUGUCGUGCUUCAGGUCCUAUUAACCAACAAGUGGGAAACGAGUGAGAAAACUCCUCGUUUUUUAAGAUUAAAUUUUAUAAGAGGGUUUCACAACGUUGUUCAAAAUUGCAUCUUACCACAGCCUCAGCCUGUUCUAAACUUGUCAUUAACUAUUGACCAAUUUUGCGGCUUGUGUUCUUAUAAAAAAAGAAUGUAAUUCUUUUUGAAGAAAUUAUAUAGAAAAGCUUUUCAACAGUUUUUAGUUGGAUCGGAUCAUACAAAUCGGUACUCUUCGGUUUAUAACAAAGUUAAUAGAACAUCGACCUUGCUUUUCUAUCUAGAAAAAUCAGGCUUGCUGAAAUUCUACCUUAAAUGUGAGUCUAAACGAAAAUGGUUUGAUUCACCUAAAGUCUGUUUUCAUGGCAAAGCAUCUGCAAGACUUUUUGCAGUAGGUUCCACAAAUAAUAAGAGUGAAUAGUUAAGAAAAUUGAUGAAUCGUAUGUUCAUUUUAUCAUAAAAAGCACUAAAUAUAUUGAUGAAGAUGACGAAAAAGAGAACAAGCAGUAUCGAGGUGUUAAAAUACUUAAAAUUUGAAUAUAUUACUUCAUAAAGGCAAUUCACGUUGUUUCGGUAUUAACUACGACAAUUGAGAAAGAACUGAAGACCAUAAGGCCAAAAGGAUUAAGAUGAUGGUUAAGGCCAUAAGGAUUGUGAUGAUUAAGAAGACGAUUGAUGAUUAUGCCGUUCAGCACGAUGAUUGAUAGGGAUGUUGGUGAUAGAUGAAGAUCGAGAAGCUGGUUGUUAGUGGUUAUGAUGAUUAGUGAUGAUAGUGAUUGCUGAUGAAGGCGAUUUGUUAUGAUAGCUAUGGUGACAAUUGAUUAUUAUGAUAAAGAGAGUAGCUAAAUCGUUUCAACCAAAGAGGUGGGCGAACAGUCCAUCACAAACCACUUAUCACAGCAGCUGUUUUUUCCAAAGAAAAACAUUCGAUAUCCGAGGUUUACUGUUCCUAAUGUUUAAUGAGAAUAACUUGCAUAUCGACCAACUUUUAUAUCCAAAGUUUUUAUUAUAAAGAGACCGCUAAAUGUUGCCUUCUGUGACUAAUCUGGUUGACCCAGGACAAGAAAACCGCGAUACCAACAGAUAUCUUAACGAUGGGCAAACUGGUGCUGCCUUGAGGAUUACAUGCCCAUCUUUCCAAAGACCAUUUCCAACUAAUGGAAUAAACAGGAUUAGCCCAUGAUAUUUUCAAACAAACAUCGUAUUUGUUGCACUAUAUUGCCUUAAAAAUUUCUAGGAAACCUUAGAAAUAGAAAUUGAUAGGAUUGGAUAAAAAAAUCAGUUAUAAAAACUAUUGUAUCAGCUUAGGCCUAU